ACGCCUCGGGAUGAAGCAUGGCUUUCGACUGUAGAUCAAGGCAGCGUACCACCUAUUCCUAUCCGAGCAAUAGGUAGUGGAAUUUGCAAGGAUGCGAAAUGUGAUGGUAGCGACAAUGAUGAAUGUUUUGAAUCCUGUGGCAAUAAAGCCACUGAUGAUGAUGUGUAUGGAUGUAAAGCCGCCAAUCAAUGGGCACUGACAUUUGAUGAUGGACCUGGGGAACACACCGAAGAUCUCUUGGACAUUCUCCAAGAAGAAAACGUGAAAGCGACCUUUUGUGUGACAGGUGCCCAAGCAGAAAAGUAUCCUGAAGUCGUUCGUCGAGCUUACAAGGAAGGCCAUCAGAUCGCUUUACAUACUUAUUCGCAUUCUCACCUCAUGAGUCUGUCUAAUGAAGAAAUCAUCUAUGAACUCAAGGCAACCGAACGUGCCAUUGUUCGUGCCAUCGGUGUACGCCCUCGCUAUCUUCGUCCUCCCUUUGGGGAAGCCGAUGCUCGUGUCAAGGCUCUAGCCAAAGCCAUGGAUUAUAAAAUCCUGAUGUGGAACGUUGAUCCUAGAGACUAUGAUGUCUUUUUCCAAGAAAAGAGUGGAAAGUUGAUUUCUAAGCAUCUCAAAAAAGUAAUGGAUACUAAAGUCACUAAUCUCAAUGCUCAUAAUGAUCCUGGUUUCAUUAGUCUUCAACAUGAUCUUUAUGAAAUUUCUAUCAAUGAAGUACCAGGUAUUAUCAAGGCUCUUCGUAAUCAUGGAUAUGAUAUGACAACAGUAGCUGAAUGUAUUGGUGAUGAUGAACCAUUUUCCAAAGAAAAAUCCAUGUUCCGUGACGAGUAUCAAUAUGCUGGUGAGGAUGAAGAGGAUGAUCACAAGAAGAAGGAUAAGAAUGAUAAGAAGGAUGAUGAACACAAUGAAGAAGAUGAGGAUAUCGAAUCCAAUGCAUUAAAUGGUGUAAUCAAGCAAGAUAGCAUGCCUAUUAACAUCAAGGAAGAAGGUUCAGACCAACAAACAAAGGCAGCACGACCUUUGGAUUCAUCUGACGCCAAUUCUUCUGAUAAAUCAUCAUCUACCUCGCCCACUUCUUCUGCCACUGCUACUA